AAUUCAUUUCGUUUCGACUUUAAGCAUAUUCCGGCAUAAUGGAAGCUAUGGAAGAACAUCUCUGUGAGAUAAAAGAGUUAGUUAACCACUUACAAGCUGCUUCCAUGCCAAGUGAAAUGUGCUUAGAACGGAACUCCACUCUGAACGAUUCCCCCCCUAUGCUCUGUAUGGGGAAACUAAUUAUAUUGAUCAGACUAAUGGCCGACCGAUUUCGUGAAAGGUGUCAUCACUGCAACCAAGUGGUCGACAUUUCCAGAAUUUUAGCAAAAUGCACCGGACAAAUUAAGAGACUUUAUCUGACACUUCCGUGCGGUCAGUUGGAAAUGCAGUUGAAUAAGGUUGUGAAACCAAGUUUUAUACUUGCACUUAGUGCUAUAUUUUCAGAGCUGGAGGGCGUCGUCAAAGAUCAUUUCAUGUCAGCCCCCAUUGAACCAAAAUACGGUGAAAAGCAAAAGGCCGACGAAAACAAUGAGCACUCAGCCGUUCGCGAUAAUUUGGCUGGCACAGCUAAAAAGCCGGCUUUUCACAAACUAAAUUCAGAUGAACUUAAUCUCUGGAAACCGUGUCCAACAAACGAGCUUGGCCGAGUGACGGCCAAGUUAAGAAAUUUUGAAGUGAAAAUGGAACUAGAACAGGUUGACCAUAAGCUAAUGCUCCUGAAGGAACAUACAUUGACCCGAAAAGCGCUUCUUUUUCAGCAUGCGGCCGAAAUGAAGUUUAAAAAGCAGCAGAAUCUAGUUUUGGAGCUAAGCAGUGGUCUGUCAGAAGAAAAACUAAAAUUACAAGCUGCACUCAAAGAGAACUCUAGACUACUGGAAAUACAACAGAAAUGUGGCCAACCAUCCUGUCAAAAGCAAAAGGCAGCAGUAAAUAAAAUGGGCAAUGCUCCUCCAAAGAACUUAACGGGUACCGAGUCGCGUCCAUCUCUCAUAAACAAGCCAACUGUAGAGGAGGGCUACUCAGGAACAACGUUUGGCCAGCGGCGCCAAAAACUGCUGCGCUGGUGUCAAGAGAAAACUAAGCCCUAUGGCUUACCCAUGUAUGAGUUCUCCACAUCCUGGCAGAGCGGACAUGCACUUUGUGCGAUCAUUCAUUCCUACCGCCCAAAACUGAUUGACACCAAGUACCUUAAAUUUAAGAAUCGGCAGGAGACGUUGGAGUAUGGCGUAAUGGUCGCUCAAUCACUGGGAGCUCGAAAUAAUAAUGAUUUCGUGUCUUUGUGUCUGCAGAAACUACCCGAAAAUAGGAAGGUUUUCAAAUUCGUAGCGGAGUUAUACAACUGCCUGGAGAGUCUGCCCAGGUUCGCCGACACAACAGCCAAAAGUGAAAGCAGGAUCCAGGAUUAUUGAUGAUCAAAAAUUAAAAAAAAUAAAAACUCAGGUCGUCGUUGUAGGAGAAUGAGAAUAUUGAGACCAUUAUGAAAAGUUAUCAGAGGCUUCGACCCUUCGAGAGCGGGCUUUUCCAACCAUAGACCACAAUCGGUAAUUUUUCGAGACAUAAUUUAAUUUAAUUUAAUUCAUUUCAUCAUUAGGGUUUUCGAAAUUGUUUGCUCAUUAAGAGCAGCACAGGAAUAACUAGAGACCAUUUA